AUGGAAUGGGCGAAAAAGCGGAAAAAGACAGCAGACGACGAGGAAGCGAAGCUGAACGACGCGUUGCUGGAGUUCCAGGCAGAAUUCGGACAAUCCUCGUCAGCGGCUCAACCAAAAUCUUUUCUGAGAGGAAAUGUUGUGGAGGGGAAUAAAAGCACAAGUUCUGGCGGCGAAGGAAGUUUGUACGCACCCAAAUUCAAAAUGAACAUUUCUCAAAGUGUUGGCUCAAAAGAUCUCGACGAGGCAAAGAAGUUGGCUGCAGCAAAGGCCAGAAGAAUGCUAGAGGACGCCGCGCGGAGCAAAAAGAUAUCCGAAGUGCCAAAAGUUGUGCUUCCAACCACAAAGCCGUUCCAAAGACCACCGAAACCGGGAAGCUUGAAAGCGAAGCAAGACAAACCGAAAGUUAGUCAGAUGGAGAUUUUCAAGAAUGAACUUCAAAGAGUACAAGAAGACCGUGAGAAGCGAAAAGAUCUCCGGCAGCAUCUCGAGCGAGUCGGUAUGGACCAGGCCGUCGUGGAGAGGUUGGCGCCAACUGUGGAGCGUGGAUUUCAAGGAUCCAGCGAAUUCGACGAUGACCCGUACACCACAAACGUUUACGUCUCGAAUAUUCCACAUUCCGUUACGGAAGACGAUUUGCUCUUCACAUUUGGCUCAUUCGGUCCGCUAGCAGCGCUGAAAAUUUUGUAUCCGAGAAGUGAGGAAGAGCGUCGACGCCCACAUAUCUGUGCGUUCGUCGCGUUUAUGUCGAGAGCUGAUGUCGAUAGAUUUAUGGCUGAAGUCAGAGUGAUUAUCGUCAGAAACGAGCCGAUUCGAUUCGCAUUCGCCAGACCCGUACAAAUCCCAACGACUCCUUACUAUACACCGCCAGUACUUAUCGAUCUACAACACCCCGAUAAUCUUAGCGGCUUGCCAUUCAAUGCACAACCGGAUCCCUCGUUAGCCAAGAAAUUCCUAGCGAAAUAUGAAACUUACCCUCCGAUGCACGCCUUGCCUAUCAAAGGACAGUAUGGCUACGAUGAUUUCAGUGAAUUGAUGAAAAAUUCAGUGGUGAGAGUGGUGAUUCCGCCGGAUCGGAAGCUGGUUAGAGUUAUGGAUCGAAUGGCGGUGUACGUGGUGACCGAGGGACCACAAUUCGAAGCAAUGGUCUGCGCGUCUGAAUUCCAAAAUCCAAUGUUUCAAUUCCUCUGGGAUAACACUUGUGCACUGCACGUCUAUUAUCGAUGGAGAAUUUAUUCACUUUUGCAAGGCGACACCCUCCAAGAAUGGCGUCGUAUCCCAUUCAGAAUGUUCAUCAACGGACCGUGGUGGAUCCCACCGUACCCGAUAAACGAGUUGCGGGAGGCUAUGCCGAAAGAGUUAUACCAUAUGAAUUGUCUGAAAACCUAUCCGGAUAAAUGGAUGAAAGUGAGAGAUGGUGGACAGCGUCGUGGUGGUGAGAAGCCGAAGAAGCACUAUGAUUCGGAUGAGGAACGGGAGGAGAGAAGAAGGAAGAGGGAUGAAGAAAAAGAGAGGAAGAGGAAGGAGAAAUUGGAGAAAAAGAGGAAGAAUCGAAUGUCGGAUAAACGGAGAGACAAGUUGGAGAUUCUCAUACGAGAACUGACUCCAGAGAAAGCUUCAAUCGGUGCGGCGAUGGUUUGGUGUAUAGAAAAUGCAAAGUAUGCAAAGGAAAUCUCGGAAUGUCUACUGGAAAGUCUUCAACUCGAUGAGACUCCUCUUCAUCGAAAAAUUGCGAGAUUAUACUUGAUCAACGACAUUCUCUCAAAUUGUGUCCAAAAGGCAAUCCGUGACGCCAGUCUCUACAGAUCUCACUUCGAAGCCAUUUUCGAGAAGAUUUUCGUCGCUCUCGGCAAAACAUAUCAAUCGAUUCCAUCGAGAAUAAAAAUGGAUCAAUUCAAGCAGAGAGUUAUGAAUGUUUUCCGUCAUUUCGACGAUGUCGCUCUGUAUCCGACGGAGAAAUUGAUUAUGAAUCAGAAUAUAUUUUUGGGACUUGUUGAAUACGGGAAAGAGAAAUCUGAAGAGAAAGAACCGGAAGAUGACGAUGAGGAUGAAGAGGAUUUGGAUGGAAUGCCGUUGGAUGAAAGGGAUCAGAAAAAGGUGUCACUGUAUGAUGACGAGGAUGAUAUAGAUGGCGUUCCGUUGGAAGAAGUGGCGGGUCCAUCGACUUCAGCUAAAGAAAUGCCAAACAAAUUUAAGCCAGUUGAGAGCCGCCCACGUGACAACUUCCCGAUAUUCUCAUCGAAAUGGGAACGCGAUGGUCGCAAAUCGAACGAUGAGGACGACGAGGAUAUAGACGGCGUCAUGAUUACAGAUGACGUGCAUUCAGAAUCCGCACAACGUGACAGUCUAUCGCCGGGAGAAAUCAAGGAGCCAUCCGCUACGAGUCUUCUUGUCUCGGAUCCGAAUGAAGAGAAACGGCGGAAAUUGAAGAGAGAUGUGGAAGUACGGGCACUGGCACUGCAGGAGGAUUUGGAGAAGAAUCGAGAUCCGGAUGCGCGACGGAAAGUCGAUGAAUUCAGAAGGACGGAGAUGGAGAAUGUGGAGAAGAUUCUGAAGAGUGGAGAAGGGAAUUCGAGGAAAAAGAGUGAUGAAAGGAGAAGUGAGAAGAAGGAGAAGAAGAGGAAGAGAAGCCACUCCUCCUCUCGUGACCGUGACCGCCGCGACCGGGACCGUGAUCGUGAUCGUGACAGAGGUCGUCGUGAUCGUUCGAGAGACCGGGAUCGCUCAAGGGACCGAUCCAGAGAUAGAGAUCGUUCGAGAGAUCGGGACAGACGUGACAGAGAUAGAGACAGAGAUCGUGAUCGACGACACCGCUAA